AAGCGCACGGCCACCCCGGCCGAGACGAUCCGACCCUCGUGGACGCCGCCCGGGAUCGCCUUCCCCUUCAUCUGGCUGACCAUCACUGCGCUGCGAGCCGCCUCCUCGCUUGUCGUCUUCAAGGCGACCGGCCGCGUGCUCUGCUCUCCGGCGCUGCUCGUCCUCGCCCUCCACCUGUGCGUCGGAGACACGUGGAACUGCGUCACCAACGUUGAGCAGCGCAAGGGUGUGUCGGCCGUCGGCGUCCUCGCCGUUUGGACUUCGGUCGUCGCGGCAGUCAAGGCCUUUUAUGAUGUCGCGCCCGCGGCCGGCCUGAUCCUCGCCCCGUCGGCGGUGUGGAUCUCGAUCGCGUCGGUCCUCACCUGGACCAUCUGGCGGAUCAACCCGCCGCUCCAGCCGCUCUAUCCGCGGCGGAGCGAUGCGAGCGACGCG